UGUUAUCUCGGUAUUUCAGCAUUGCCACUCGUGCAUUCAGGUACCUCUUAAUUUGGAGACACAUUUUGUUUGCGCAAAAACAAGUAACUAGUACUGAAUUUACACACAGGCCUGAUUACAAACUGUCUGUCCGAUGGAGACCACUGUAGAUGAGACACUGAUUACGACUGGCACGGAGACUAGUGUCGUCCAACAUGAGAUCGAAACAUUUGGAUGGCAAAAUGGCAGUGUUUUGUUGUUGAGUAGCACUGUCUCUUCCACCGACGGAUUUCCUUAUACUGAACAUAGCAACGACAAUUAUGACCAUCACACUAAUUCCAGUAUGCGAGCGAAUUUGUCGACCGAUUACCCUACGAUUCUACCUGAACCACACGAAAUCCCGCCAUAUCUCGUUCUCAAAAUUGUCCUCUGUACAGUCUUUCUCCUGGCAACAUUCUUCGGCAAUGCCUUAGUUCUCUACGCCUUUUUCACUACGAAGAAGCUGCGGACGUACACCAACUAUUACAUCGUGGGUUUGGCGUUGUCCGACUUGGUCAGUGGUGGCAUCCUUCCUUUACUGGAGAAUAUUCUUUGGUUUCUCGGUUAUUGGCCAUUCAGCGAGGGUAUAUGUGCUGCUGUCAUGUACUUAGUUCACGUUUUCCUUGAAAUUACGUUCUUGAUGACUUUGGUUAUCUGCUUCGACAGAUUCCGCGCUCUGUACAUGCCACUUAAACACUUAAAGGAGAAAACGCUAAGGCACGCGUGUUUCAUGAUAUCCUUGGCCUACGUCAUACCACUGUUUAUUUGGACGCCUUUGAUCAUUAUUUUUCCGUAUACUGGACUCACAGUGCGGAUACGACCACCAAUAUGCCAAGGAUCCUAUGGUGAUCAUCCUCCCUUGCUGAUAAUAGCGAUUCUGGCCUUGUCUUGGAUCCCAAUGGCGAUCACCAUACUCCUGUACGCCCUUGUCUACAGCGCUGUCAUCCGCAAAGGUAUCAACAGGAAACGUGGUAUCGGUGAAGAGGUAAGCUCAGACUUCAGAUCCGAGCAGCCAGCAUCUCAGAGAGCGUGCAACAGUGGAGACGGGAAGCUUGGUGAAAAGAGUUAUCGUCUAAAUAAGGAACUCGCCUCGAAAGCUGAAACAACUGAGCAACCAACAGAUUCUGAACAGCCACCACCUAGAGAUGAGGUAUUCAGCAUAUCCGCUGGAAUGUCUGCAGGGCUCAACAACCCCGCUUACGAGCACACCGAGGAAGUUGACUAUCACCACAGUGACAACACUACUGCAAACAAGCCUGAUGUGACCACAGCAGCGACAGCGGCCACGACAUCGGGCAACUUGGGGAAACGGCCCGGCUUGUUGAUGCGUUCGAGGCUCUCUAAACGGGAACGUCACUUGGCCAAUCUUCGGGCGACUCGCACUUUAACGUACAUCCUGAUAACUACAGUGGCUACGGCAGCGCCUUGGUCCGUGUUUGCGUUUUGGGGAGCCGUUUCUCCGCAAACAUUUCCGAUUACAAAGAAUCCGCUCAGGUUCCUGGCGUGGCUGGCUCACCUGAGUAGCACAGUGAAUCCGAUCUGCUACGCCGUCUGCAACCCGCUUUUCAAGGAGGCUUUCCUGCGGAUACUCCGUUGCCAAAAACGCUCGCUGUCUCGAAGUUCAACGAUGAGGUCACAGAAUUCAAAGAAUGGAAGAUAAGAUAACAUAACUGGCGUAACCAAAAAGAGGGCUUGGGAACCGGGGCACGUAUGUUCGCUCCCAUGCUUUCGUGCACCACUUAGUUGAGAGUUAGCCCAUGCGCACUCGAUCAAUUUACUGUGGGUUUAUAGAGGCAGGCGACGUGGGACACCGUUUCAACUCUUCUUUCUGCGGAUGGAGACCAUAACAAUUUUUAACAAAAUACAAACAAAUAAAGUUCACGGAGAUAACCUGAUAACUAAAAUUGAUUUGACAACGUAUUGUACCAUCGUAUUAUGUGAACCCAGUUGAACAAAAUUUGAAACAAUUCUGAAAAAGUGAUUUAAAAAAAAAAACACGAUCAGAUUUGUAAGAAAAUACAACCAUGAUCUUUCCCAUUUUAAAAUCGCCUCUCCGAUAUAUCCAAGCAACACUUUUAUACGCCGUGUGACUUAAGACCUGAUAAAAGUAGUAUUUUCAUGUUAUUGCGAAUUGAAUAUUUUCCACGAGAAUCAUUUGUCCGUAGUAGUGCAUGUAUACGUGCGUUGAUGGAGUAGAUGUACAUGUAUACGUGCACAUGACAUGCAGACAUAAAUCAUGGCCGACCAUCAAUCAGUUCAAACUGAUCAAACUAACGAAAGACAAUUCGAAAUAGCGUAAACAUAACAUGGUGUCCUUUUUCGAACACUAUUUCAAUUACCAAGAUAAUGAGGUAUGUGUGAAAAACUGCAGAACAAUUCAAAAUGUCGAUUUCCAAAUAAAUUUUUUUACGUUCAGAAAUGUCACUUAUGAAAUAACUAGAAUACAAAAUGAAAUCUGAAGCCUGAUUAUAUCUCUCGGGUAUAAAUUCAGCGAACUUUUACACAGUGCAGAAGAUCUCUGCAGAUGGACUCUGGUGUAGUCGUUGCUGGCUAGCGUCGCCAUUUUAUCAAGAAACAGAAAGUUACUACGACGACUUUGCCGAAUUUUAGCGCAUGCGCAAAGUGACAGGGGUGAACAUAAUGUGGGGGGGGGGAGAAUAACGCGGGUAUAUGCUGAAGGGCUGUCUGCCCUUUAACCUCCCGCUCAAAAGUAAAAGAAAAAGUUGUGAAUGCUUUGAGACAGCGAAAUCUAGCUAUUGGCCCCUCCAGAGAAUGAGGGCGCAAUGUCCACCCCCUCACAAAUCGAGCUCCAGAUAUACCACUGAAUAUUAUGAGAAAUAAGCGACAUUUUCAGUUGGAACAAUUUUCUUAUACCUAACAAUCCUAACAAUGAGUCUGUAUCUUAAAACCCAAUCGGUGGUCAUACGUUUUGAGAAGAAAAGGGUGAUCUGACUCGUCAGAAUUUAUAUUAAACGAGAGUAAUUAUUUGGAACGGUACCAGUAUUCAAAAGUUCAUGACACAAUGGUAAAUAUAUAGUGAAGAUUCUCGAUCUCUUUUGGAGGGCCAUCUAAGUCACGAGUUAAACUACAUUUGCUAUGGGGAUUAAGUCUGGUAGCCUUGGUUCAAGCCAAGAGUGUUCAUCAGUCAGGAGGUCAAGGGAUAUCGAUGUUUCACUAUGGCAUAAUGUUUUGACGGUUGAGACCGGUUAACCUAGCGCAAAAGCGAAUGAAAACGCGAUUUCAUGGGGGCCAAUCAAAGUAAUAUUUGGGCUGGUAAUUCGUGAAAGUUGAACAUAUUUCAACUUGAGCGAAAUUUCGCGGCAAAUUUUUCAUGACAUCAAUUUCACUCCAUUUUCGCAUUCGCCUAAACUAUGAAUCGGUCUUAACACAAGGUGGUAGAUAUUUUUAUACACGAAUACUCUAAUUAGAUGAGCACUGGUUUGAUAAAUGCACAUCUUGAUUUUUGAAACCGAAAUGCACUUAACACUCACUGUCGAGCAUAACACAAAUCCCUUAUUAUGCACCAAAGCACCCGCAAUAGGCUUACGCGUGUUAUAGAAAAAACUUGUUCUCACAGAAAACAGCUGUUAUAUAACACAUUACGUACGUGAUGUCUAGUCUAUACCUGUCAUGUGGAUCAAUUAUAGCUCUUCAUUACUUCGCGUUCUUUACCAUUUUUUCCACCUACCGACACGGUAUCCCCCCUCGGUUUGGCAAAGCCAAAAUAUUUAACAAACUCGCCAUUAAAUUUUGAAGAACGAUUCACCCACUGAGCAUAAGACGACAUAUAAAAGUUUUAAAGAAAAAUCAAGGAGGUAGAAUCGGCGAAAUUAAUCAAACAUGCACCAGACAGAAAAUAUUGACACACCUGCUGUAAAAAACAAACAAAAAAACCCACUGUAUUAAUAUAUUCUAUUCACAGUGAGCGUGAUCGAAUGAAAAGCCACAUUUUGCGUGAGGAUAGUCGAGUUAUUCACACCCAAUAAAGGGUUCAUAAUUAGACAUUGGAUCGUUUAAGGAAUUGAGUCUCUGCUUAUUUAGCAUAUGGGUUUAUCAGACCUAUCUAGUUUCAGCGACGAUUUUGGCUGUAUAAUUAUAAGUCAAUAGAGCGUACGUUUACUUGCUGUACGAAGUAAAGCGUGGUAGGUGCAUCCGUGGUUGUAUACAGUCCUAUUCUUCUUAGCGUGGCUGUUAUGAUGUGCGUAAUUAUCAAAACCGAUGCACUGUAUUCUAACUAGGAAGCGCAUUUCAGCAAAACUAGACUGCAAACAGUGUCGACGCGCUUGUAAUACCGAACUGCGCAUGGUUUCACAGUGUGUCUGACUAUGUUAUUAUCACUGUUUGCUUAACUCACACGUUGCAUUUAGAGUAUGAUAUGUUAUUCUAAAUUAUGAUCCCAGGGAUUUCGUAAACGCCUCUGACCGCGAUCGAAACCAUUUUUCAUUGCAAACACCGAGGUGUAAAUCAAACACCGUCGUCAUCCACAUAUCCUACCGCAACAUCAUUGAUAUAUCGACAAAGAUAAAAACCAAACUGUUGUCCCAUGUGGAUACCGAGUGAGAUUAACGUCACAGUUUUUGCCACAGUGUCAAUAUUUGAAGCAAAGUACCCCCAUCUCAAGCUUGAAACAGUACAGUUGGAUGCUUCUACACUCGUAUUUCAAAACGUCAAUGUACAUGUGUCAUGAUAAUGAUUCAGUCCCUUUGAGUGACAUUAUGUUGUAACACUGUGCGCCUUAUAAAUGCUCUACACUUACCAUAUUGAAGAAGAAGAUACAAGGUUAGAGACCUGAAUCAGGCGAACCCGGAAACGAAGACGAAGCCAAAGUUUGAAUAAAUCCUGACGGACAUGGGCUCACUAGUGUUGUGUCCAGAGCAGUAAAGUAUUCUCCGUGUGGAUUUACCACCCAUAUUAGGUUGCGCGUUGAAACAUUAUCGACAUUGAAAUUAAGCCAAUGGAGGGUAUAGCGAAUGUAGUGCUUGGGUAAAGUUAUUAAGGUUCGAGUGGAUUUUAAAUUCACCAGCUAGGGCCUUGAAAGGAAGAGAACAUAAUAGUGUAUGUUUAAUCGAAUAGUGGCAUCAAUUUGUGCU